GCCAUUUUUAACGAAUAAAAGCAUAUAAAAUUGCAUAUUAUUAAAGAUGGAGCCUAUUAACAGUCGGAUAAGAAUACAGAAUAUAGAAGACGAGACAAAACGGAAGAAGAUAGAAGAGAUUCUUCAGCCGCUUAUCCUGAAUGAUGCAACCAUUCAAAAGUUAAUGGAUACUUUCGAAGACCAGAUUUCUCUUGCUAAUACAAUGGACCCAGAAAAAAGAAAACAGUCGAAUUUGCUAUGGGAGUGUACUUAUGUACGAAAUCUUUUAAAGGGGAAUGAGAUAGGUGAUUACAUCGGUCUAGAUCUUGGUGGAACAAACUUCCGUGUUGUUAGAGUCGUGAUGAAGGACGGGGUGGCUAACACGACCACGAAGUAUUACAACUUAGACGACAAACUUCUGUCGGGCCCUUGUAAAUAUGUGUUUGAUCAUAUUGCUGAAAGUUUGGAACGGUUUUUACGAGAAGAAAAUAUCACAAAAGCUACUCCACUGCCUGUUGGUUUCACCUUUUCCUUUCCUUCUGACCAGAAGUCUUUAAAACACAGCAUCCUUCUAACAUGGACCAAAUCUUUCAAAUGUCCGGAUGGACCAGGGAUGGAUGCUUGUGUUUUAUUGGAAGAAGCUAUUGCUAGGAGAAAGGAUAGUAUGCCAGUUGAGCUGGAUGUGAUGGCAAGAAUCAGUGAUACUACUGGGGCAUUAAUGGCAGGAAACUACGUGGACAAAAAUUGUCGAAUUGGAGUGAUUCUUGGGACUGGUUCAAAUGCCUGUUUUGUGGAACAUCUGGAAAACUAUAACAAAUUCAAAUCCACUGAUCCAAAUACAAACCAGAUUUUGGUUAAUGUGGAAUGGGGAGCAUUUGGUGACAAUGGUUGCUUAGAUUUUUGUAGAAAUGAAUUUGAAAAAGAAGUGGAUAUGCAUUCAAAUCAUCCUCACUCAUAUACAUUUGAGAAAUCAUUUGGAGGGUUGUACCUAGGGGAGCAGGUGCGAUUGCCUCUCAUCAAGCUAAUAGAGGGAGGGUGUCUAUUUAAUGGAAAGUCCUCCCCAGAGCUGAUGAAAAGAUGGGGGUUUACCACCUCCAAUGUCACUUCAAUUGAAGAAGAUAAUGAGACUUCGGAGAGAACAUGGUCAGUCCUUCAGGCCUUUGGUUUGGCAGACAUUGCAACAGAGGAGGAUGUGUCACUUGUGAGAGAAGUCUGUGCCAUAGUGUCGGAGAGGGGGGCCAAAAUAGUGGCAGCUGUAUUAGCCGUUCUUUUGAACCACAUACACUUGCCUGAAGUCACAAUAGCUUUCGAUGGAUCUUUAUAUGAGAAGCACCCAAAGUACAGGGUCCAUAUAGCAGAUCUAUUAGCAAACCUAGUCCCAACUACAAAGACAAAGUUAAUUUUGGUUAAGGACGGAAGUGGACAGGGGGCAGCAUUUGUGGCCGCUGUAGAAUACAAACAGCCUUAAACCAAAUAAGGAAAUACACAUGUACUCGUCAAUCACUGGAAAGAUACAACUUUAGGAAACAAAUGUUGAUGACAGUGGAACAACUGCUCUGAGAAUGGUUUAAGAGGCAACAACCAAAAUGUCAGUGAAUGCUGAUGAAGGCAAUAAAAUAUAUCAUAAUGACUAUGAUUAAUGUCAGAGAAGCCGAACAAAUAAGAAAAAUGUUAACAUUGGUACUGAACUCUGUAAUCCAUUAAAAAGAAAUAUGUCAAAAAAUCCAGCAUUUUCUUUGAUUUUAUUGUAAAAGAUAUACCUUCAUUUGUAUGUAUGAAUUGUAUGAAUGACUACCUUUAUUCCAAAAACAGUCAUGUGCUUGUGUAUGGGGAACAUUUUCCUACUCGAUUCAAAUUAAGAGUGACCGUGUCAUAAGUGCCUCAAUAUAAUGACCCCACUUUUCAUGUAGAAUAUGUUUGAAAUAAAGAGUGAAGUUUCCAAGUUCCACUAAAA